CGGAAUAAAGGGCGGUCGCAAUUCAGAACGGCCGGCGAAGAAGAACGCUGAAGAAAUGGCUUCAUCGUCGUCUUCAAUUCCGGUCAUCCACGAAGACGAAGAGCUGCUGAUGCUAGACGGGUCGGAAUCGGGCUGGGUGGAGGCCCGAACUCACUGCGAUCAUCUCGCUUCGUUAUCGUCGGAUCUGGCACACAUUCCCACCCCCAACACUCCCUGCAACAAGUGCCAACAUCCGAGCGAGAACUGGCUAUGCUUGAGCUGCAAGGAAGUUCUGUGCAGCCGAUUCGUGAACAAACACAUGCUGGAACACUAUCAACGAGUCGAUCACUCUUUAGCGCUUAGCUUCAGUGAUUUAUCAGUGUGGUGUUUUUCCUGCGAUGCGUACUUGGAUGCACAAUCCAUUCCAGCUCUGCGCAUUGUUCAUCAAACUGCGUAUUUGCUGAAAUUCGGUGAAGCUCCUCCGGUCCCCAGCGAGUAUUUGCAGCUGGAAAAUAACCGAGUCUGAAACUUCCAUCUCCGAGAACUAGUCCCUUCUAAUUCUAUCAUGAUUGUAAAGCGCAGCUGUUUCUUGUACCUGAUUUCUCGAUAUUAAUUAAUAUAAUAAACAUAAUUUCAACUUCUUUAAA